UGCCCCAGUUCAGAGUUUGAAGCUAGUGAGUAGCCAGAGAGAGUUAGCAGGUGGAGGAGUUUUCUUAGUGUAGUUCUCAAUGGAUACUGAUACAGUGAAGGGCUUGGAUGGCCUCCACAGAGGAAGAGCUAAGACAACAGGGUCAGUAUUGGCACUGCUGAAGGUACUCUUGCUGCUGCUGCCCUCCCCAUUGCCAGCCAGUGCUGGGAAUAAAGAGCAAAACCAUACCAAUACAGUAGUCAUAGGCAUGAGAUUGGAGAGCACGGACAAACCACUGGCCAAUGACAUGAAAUAUGGCAUCAUACAAGUGGUGGAGGGAAGCAACAUCCAGCUCAAGCUCUUUGGGCAAAACUUCAAUAGGUACACCUGGGAAAUAGUCUUCUUUGCUGAGGUGCCUGGCAUCUAUAAUGCCACCUGUGAUAUAGUGAGCAGCGACUUUCUGGUGAAGUCAUUUGUUGAUGUCAUACAGGAGGCUUCUGUGGUGCUGAAUGUGGCAGUUGAGACCCCGAGGAAGGAAGCCAGCCUCAAAACCUAUAUGAUGUGUCUUGAUCUCCCUGAGCCACAGCCAUGGAAGUUCACUAACAAGGAUUUAUUCAUCCAAGUGAUUGAGGAAGAGAAACUACUCCUACCUCGGUGGUUGCUAAUCUGCAUAAUCUUCAUCCUCUUGGGGCUUUCGGGCAUGUUCAGUGGUCUCAACCUGGGCCUGAUGUCAUUGAAUCCCAUGGAGCUGCGCAUCAUGCAAAAGUGUGGCACAGCCAAGGAGAGGAAAUAUGCCUCCAGGAUUGAACCCAUCUGCAGGAAGGGCAAUUACUUGCUGUGCUCUUUGCUGCUCAGCAACAUUUUAAUCAACAACUGUCUCACCAUGCUUUUUGACACCAUUCUUGGCAAGAACAUCCUCACCAUCCUAGCCUCUACCUCUGGCAUUGUCCUCCUUGGAGAGAUUCUCCCCCAGGCCAUCUGCUCUCGUCAUGGCUUGGCUGUGGGUGCCAACACCGUCGGGAUCACCAGGUUCAUUAUGUUGGUGACAUUCCCACUCUCUUACCCUGUCAGCAGGUUCCUGGACUUUCUGCUUAGCCAACAAAUGGGCACCAUCAAAAACCAAGAAAAGCUGAUGGACAUGAUCAAGCUGACAGAGCCCUAUAAUAACCUGAUGAAAGAGGAGUUGGAUACUAUCCAGGGGGCACUGGAGCUGAGGAACAAAACAGUGGAGCAUGUCAUGACACCAUUACAGGACUGUUUUGUGAUCAACAGCAAUGCUUGCCUGCAUUUCAACACAAUUACCAAGAUCAUGUUGAGGUCCUCUAGACCUUCUCCCAUGUGAUGUGAAUUUGGUUUUUAUUGGACUGAAAAUAGAAAAGUUAUGAGAGGGUGUGGAUCUAAAUCUAGGAGUCCUGCACUCAAGUUUAUUACUGAUCAUCCAUGAAACUCGCUGGAUGGACCUGUGUUAGUCACAAUCUCUACCCCAAAUCACAGAGUUGGUGUGCAAGAAUAAAAUGAAUACAACCCCAUAUAUAAUGUUCUGAGCAUUUUGGAGAAAGAUUGGAAUAAUUUCCCCCCAAAAAAUAUUGUUUGCUCUAGCUUUUCACCCUUCUGCACUGACAACUGGUCAGGCAGAAGAGAUUGGGGUUGUGUUAUUAAAAUUCAGGCAGGUUGGCAACCCUGUUAUGGAUCAAUACAGCUAUCUGCAAUUUUUGCCUAAAAUGAAAGUAGUAAAUGAGAGUGUGAACUACUCCUUUUGGCCUGGACUCCUGCACAGGGCUUCUGGCAAUGUCACAAUCUACUACUGGAGGAAGCACCACUUUUUCUUCUGGUUACUGCAGCACCCCUUGAAGAAAUCAAAGCCCUGGAGUGAUGGUGAAAGGUCUAAUUCUCAUUGAUAUGGUCUUGAGGUAACAGUUGUUAUUCCAAUCAGCUUUGACACAGGAUAAAACAGCAUUUAUUCUCCAAGCAAUCCAAGAACCUUUUCAGAAUUCAUGAGGUUUAAGGCCAAAUAAUUACAUGUAUUGAUCUUUAUGGCGUGGAAAAAAUUUCCAAUCAAAUACAGACUUGUUUGGUGUUAGUGCUCAAAUUAGGCAAUGUCAAGGCUUGCUCUUCAUCUCUUGUUGCUCUUCAUCCUAAUUUGACAUGGGUUUAGUUUACCCUCUAUUAAAAAUAAUCAGACCUUGUCAGCUCUGCUGUAGGUUCUGUGACAUAACCAGGAAGUUAUCUAGACAUGGCUUCAUGUCAUGGAAAAUCUGCUUCGCAGCAAAUUUGCAGCUGUUUAAUUUGGGGGAUUAAAUGGCCCAUUCACCUAGGGUCAGCUCCUCUCCGCAUUCCCUGCGGAUCUUUUUUCUGUGUGCAUUCCCACAGCUUGCUCCAGGUUUUUUCUCCAACAAAUCACAUCCCAGAGGAGGAGGUGAGAGACAACUCCCUUCAUUUUGUUGUUUUUGUUAAUUUGACAGUCGGCAUUCCACAAGAUUGACUAGUAAAAACAAAAGAACACUUAACUCAAA